AUGAAACAGGGCUCCAACAUGAAGGAUUCUCGGGAAGGAGGUUUUGGUACUGGCGGUGGUGGGGUGACCGAUGCUUGGCCUGCUGACACCGAAGGAAAUCUCGCCGCGCUCACUCAGGCUGUACCAGUGGCUUCAGACCUAUGUGACGUCAGUGUUCUCUACAGGCGCGCGGCCGCCGGGGGUGGACAGCGCUGCCGUAAAUUGCCACCCCCGCCGCCCCCGCAGUCGCCGCCCCCGCCAGCAGACUAUUUAUUGUGCCGCCUUCGUACUGCCCUGCUCGUUCCGCAGCCGGGCCGGCGCCAGCAGCCCAUGGCGACAUCCGCCCUCGCCCACCCGGCCGGCUAUCAGCAGCCGGGGGGUGGGGGUGGGGGGCGUGGUGGUCGGGACGGUGGGGGUGAUUUGUUUGCGGCGCGCGGCGGCGGGAGUGUCCCCGGCAGGCUGGCCACGCCUGGCGCCAUCCGUCACGGGUCGCGGCCAGUUGGCGACCCUGAUUUAGGGCCCGCGGGCGCGCUGCGCUAUCUGAAAUACUGCGGCCGUGCGCCGCACCGCGCCGCACCGUGA